AUGUUCGAUGAACUCCUCAGGGAAGCCUUUGUCACGGCGCGCUUGCAACGAGUGCCGCAGAAAGAAGACACGAUACAGCGGGUACGCAAGCGGUCCGCAGCCGCCAGCAGUUCAUCUAUUGACACGGCGGAGUCGGGAGAAACCCGUCUCAGCACAAGCCAGAGCCCCUUCGGACUAGAUGGGGUCGUUCUGAUGGACGAUAUCGACACCAUCCUUUACAAUUUAAGGAGCAUCGAUGACCUAGUUACACCUUUCUCCGAGCCCAUCACUGGAUUCGGCUCUUUUGGGGCAGCGCCUGGGCCAGGAGCAAUGCCCAUUAUUCGGGAAUGCUUUCCAACCCCACUUGAGCCAAGCCAGAUUGAAACCGAGAUCAACAGCCACUAUACUUUUUCAAUUACCCCAAAUCUUGCAGAGGAGUUGAUCGACUUAUAUUUCGAAAAAGUUCAGGGGAUUUGUCCAAUCUUCACGAGGGAGAAGUUCGAGCAGGAGUACCUCCCUAGCGGAAGAUCCCGAGGCGAGCGAUUUUCCAAAUUGUCUCCAGUGGCCCAAUUCGUUCUUAACGGAAUGUUUGCUCUUUCUGCAAGAUACAGUUCCUCGUACAACUUUGAGGGUCUGGCCCCCCAUUGCCGAGACCGGCAGUUUGCGAAGAAAGCGACGGAACUUUGGGAGUCUAUUCAAAAGGAUUGCAGUCAUUCAGUCCGGACUCUGCAAUGUCUUCAAGGUCUCAUUUUGUUGGCAUUUAACUGCCUACAAUCUGGACCCUCCGAGAUUGCCUGGAAUCUAACCGGAACUUGUGUGCGUCUCGCGUAUGACCUUGACCUACAUACUAUGGAUGCCGACAAAAUUGAUUCCAAACCAAUCGAUUGGCCGGUGCGCAAUCAACAACGGUGGGAAUUGCUGGAGGAGAAGCGUCGUGCUUGGUGGACGAUAUGGGAGAUGGAUACAUUCUCAUCCACGGUUUCGUCAAGACCCUAUGGGAUUGACAGUCGAGUGGUACGGGUUUUACUUCCUGUUUCCGAUCAAGAGUGGAUCAAAAAUUCCCAAGCACGGUCUGUCUCGCUAGGUUCAAAUACUGAACUGCCGUGGCAGCGCAUUGUUGGAUCAUCCAACCAGAGUGAACGAGCCUGGUUCCUGGGCUCGCAGUCGGAUCAACUUCGAGCUCCACGAGAGGUUGAGAAGAACAGCUGGCAUUAA